UCUGUCUGCUCUUGAAAUCUUUUUUCUUUCAUUCAUUCCAAACAAUCUUAAUGCCCCCUUGCUCUUUCUGUCUUCUUCUUUUCCUAACUACAUCACACCAAACAAUUUUUUACUUUUUUUCCCCCACAUUUUUCAGCCCAACCCAGAUCUCCAUUCAUCACCAAAAUAAGUUCAACUUGUAUCUUUAAACCUGACCCAGAUCCUAUUUUUUUCAUCUUGACCCAUAAAAAUCCUUACUUUCUUCACUACUACAAGCCCAAAUGGAGAAAAAACAAAUGCUUAUAUUGAUUGUCACAUUAUCUUCUUGUUUUGUUAUAUUUGUUAUCAUUCUUUUCUUUGUCUGUAUUUGUAUGUGUAAAAGAAGAAAUAAAGAUUCUAUAAAGAAUAAUAAUAAUAAUAGCAAAUCAUGGGAUAAAGAAGCAAACCAUGAAAGUGGUGUUGAAGAAAUGGAUAUGAAAGGAGAGUUUAUUAAGUUUCAAGGUGGUGAAGAUCUUACUUGUUUUGACAUAUUAGAUGCUCCUGGUGAAGUCAUAGGGAAAUCAAGUUUUGGGACUUUGUAUAGAGCAAAUUUGCUGAGUGAUUCUGUUUUGUUGCUGAGAUUCUUGAGACCAGCUUGUACUAUUGGCAAGUUACAAGAUGUGAUGCAUGUGGUACAGCUUUUGGGGUCAAUUAGACAUCCUAAUUUGGUACCUCUUUGUGGUUUUUAUUCUGGGCCUAGAGGUGAGAAGCUUCUUGUUCAUCCUUUUUACAGGAGAGGAAAUUUGGCUCAGUUUAUUAGAGAUGAGAACGGUGACUCUCACAUAUGGGAAGUCAUUUACAAAAUCUCAGCUGGAAUCGUUAGAGGAUUAGAAUUUCUCCAUACAGGGCUUCAAAGACCGAUUAUCCAUGGAAAUCUCAAAUCUAAGAACAUACUUUUGGGAAGGAACCAUCAACCGUCUAUUUCUGAUUUUGGCCUACAUCUACUUUUGAAUUCAACAGCGGCACAAGAAAUGCUUGAAGAUGCUGCUGUCGAGGGUUACAAAGCGCCUGAAUUGACUAAACUGAAAGAGUCAAAUACCGGAAGUGAUAUCUACAAUCUUGGGGUGAUUUUACUUGAACUAAUAACAGGUAAGGAACCGAUUAAUGGGAAAGCAAACCCUGAUCAAGAUUUCUAUUUGCCAACAUCAAUAAGGAAUGCAAUCAUGGAUAAACGGAUGUCAGAUUUAUAUCAUCCUGAUGUUCUUGAAGUUGGCAUUGGUGGAUCAAGUUCUGUUAAUGAAGACAUUGUUAUCAAAUAUGUGCAGCUUGCAUUGGCUUGUUGCUCUCCUUUGCCUUCUCUUAGACCCGAUAUAAAGCAGAUCUGCAAGAGGCUGGAUGAAAUCGGACCAAAAUCUUGAAGAUUAAGUUUGACUUUUAAAAGUGAAAUUUUGACAGGUUGAGGUAGAAAUGGUCAAAAUGUGUAAAAUUUUGGCCACAAUGGGAUGAAGGCUCUCUGCUAUGCCAAUGUGCCGUGAAAGUUGUACUCAGAUGAAGUAAAGGGUAGUACUUUGCUAAAUCUCAUAGGUCUCAUCUGAGGCAUUGCUGAUUUAGUAUCAACCCCAUAUCUAUAUUCAAAAGGGUGUUAUUGAUAUGGGUCAAACAAUUUUCUUGAAUUGUCAAAGUCAGAGCCUUUAUUGGUGGUUGACCCAUG